AAAGUCGCGACUAUAUAAAGACUCCUGGAAUUUUCUGCUAUAGUCUAGCAUUUAUUCUAAAUUUGAAAUUUCUGUAAAUGGAGAGCGAAAGAGAAGAACUGGCUUUCGACGUAUAUGAUGGAGAAGACGAUAAUAAUAUGAUGGAACCUUUGUGUCCAGUCGUUAUUUUUCAUGGUUUGCUCGACCACAAAGAAAAUUGGGCUGAUAUUGCCAAAGAAAUUGCAGAAAAGACUGUCAGAAAGGUAUACGUAUUGGAUAUGCGAGAUCAUGGAGAUUCACCGAAAACAUCAUCUAUGAAUCACGAAAAUAAUGUAUGCGAUCUGGAACAAUUUAUACAAAAGUUGAAGAAGCCACCCGUAUUGAUUGGACACAGUUUAGGAGGAACGGCAAUCAUGGAUUUGGCAUUUCACAAACCAAAUUUAGUUAAAGAAAUUGUAUUGGUCGAUGUUUCUCCACUGACUUAUCCAUUAAACGCAGAAAUCUCGGGUUUGACAGCAACUAAUAUACUGAAACAAGUGUUGCAACAACUCCCAACUGACAUUAAUCUCACUCAGGCUAAAACUAUACUUAAAAAUAAAAUGAAGAAUGUUAUCCAGUCCUCUAGCGUAAACAAGCUCAUGUGUUCGAACUUGGAUAAACGUGAUACUGGUUGGAAAUGUAAAUUUAAUUUUGAAUCAAUAGAAAAGAUGGGAACAUCGAAAGCAAUGAGGAAUGUUUAUCCUUUAAGAGGAAUAUUUGAAGGAAGAUGUCUCCUCGUUCAUUCAGAUACAUCUGGAUAUAUAAUUCCAAAGGACGACUACAAAUUACUGAAGAUAAGAUUUCCCAAGAUACAGAUUUUAUGUUUCGAAAACUGCAGUCAUUGGAUUCACUUAGAUAUGCCUCGAGAAUUAACUCAUUCUAUUGUUCAAUUUCUGAAUAAAAAUAACGUCAUGGAUAAGUAAAUAUAUAUAUAAAAAAAUACGUUAUGAUGUUCUUUUUCUUGUUUAUUAAUUAUAAAUUAAGUAUAAAUUUAGCACGAAGAAUUGCGAUUGUUCUUUCUGUCGUUUAGGCAGGUUUUACUGUACAAAAUUAUGUAACACGUACUCUUAACAACAAUUAUCUGUUGUUUUAUGGUAAUAAAUUUGUGCAAUUGUUUAAAAUAUUCAUUCGAAUAAAUAUAAAACAAAUGUAAAAUUAAAAAAAAAUUGGAAUAAAAUGUAUUCUACAAAUUCAA